AAAGAAUUACAAAAGUUGAAAAUGGGAGGAAGAAAAUAUCAAAUAAAAAAAGAAAUAAGAAAAAUUUGGAAAAGGUGAAGAAAAAAGCAUGAAAAGAAAAAGAAGAAAGAAUUAGAAAAAAGAAAAGUGCAUUUGGAAAAUUACAACAGUUAGUUGUAGGGGGAUAUGAUGUGUUGAGGAGGAAAGAAGGGGUGAAAUUUGCUGAAGAUAUUCCAAGUGAAGGCUGGGGCACGCGGUAGGAUGUGAAAUUAGAUGCUGGAUCUUCAGUACACAAGAGGCCAGCAACUCUGUUUUGAAGAACCAAGGAAAGUCGUGUAUUCAAUUCUAGUUGUAGAGCUUCUCUGCUGCUGGAAUGGUGUUGGUUGGUGGCUCAGGAAUAUGUGCCCAUGUACUUAUGUGGUUGAUUAUGCAUGCACACCUGAAGAAGUGCAGCAGCAUUUCCAAUCAUGUGGUACGGUCAAUAGAGUGACUAUACUGACAGAUAAGUUUGGCCAACCAAAGGGUUUCGCUUAUGUGGAAUUUGUGGAAACUGAAGCUGUUCAAGAGGCUCUGGGCCUAAACGAGUCUGAGUUGCACGGCCGGCAAUUGAAGGUUUUGCCUAAAAGAACGAAUGUUCCUGGUAUGAAGCAAUACCGGCCUAGACGCUUCAAUCCUUACAUGGGUUACCGCUUCAGGAGGCCAUAUGUACCUCCUUACUUCUCGCCCUAUGGAUAUGGGAAGGUUCCGAGGUUCAGAAGGCCUGCUCGAUACAUGCCGUAUUACUAGAAGAUUGGUUGCAUCGUGGACUAGCGUAUGCAUCUGGCUGAAAGGAUUCGUCAUCUAAUACAAGGCCUGUCGUUUUAUAUUAUUGCUGAGUUUUAGUUUUGCCCUGGUAGCUCUAUCGAUGUGCCCUUAUUGCUAAUGUGCACUUUGAACCAUAUGACUAGAACGCCUAUGUUGCGGUUGAGGGUUAUGCACGUGUGCCAUAUGAAGUAGCUAAUAAAAGUUUCUUAUUGGCCAAUAA